AUGGAUCCGGGCUGGGGGCCGCGGGACGUGGGCUGGGCGGCGCUGCUGAUCCUCUUCGCCGCCUCGCUGCUCACCGUGCUCGGCUGGCUGCUGCAGUACGCCCGCGGCUGGUGGCCGCUGCGGGAGCGCGGGGCCCGCAGCCCGGGACGCGCCUCGGCCGCCCCGCCGGCGGGCUCCCUGCGGGCGGGCGUGUGGCGCUCGCUGCUCCGGCUGCGGGCCGCUCGGGCGGGCGCCCCGGGGGAGCCAGGCGUCCGGGGCCUCCUGGCCUCACUUUUCGCCUUCAAGUCUUUCCGGGAGAACUGGCAGCGGGCUUGGGUGCGAGCGCUCAACGAGCAGGCCUGCAGGGAUGGGAGCUCCAUCCAAAUCGCCUUUGAGGAGGUGCCCCAACUCUCACCCAGAGCCAGCAUUGGUCAUGUGACCUGCGUAGACCAAUCAGAGCACACCAUGGUGCUGCACUGUCAGCUCUCUGCUGAGGAGGUGAUGUUCCCAGUUUCUGUGACCCAACAGUCCCCCGCUGCCGUCUCCAUGGAGACCUACCACAUCACUCUGACACUGCCACCGACACAGUUGGAAGUCAGCCUGGAGGAAAUCCCUGGUGAGGGGCUCCUUGUGUCCUGGGCCUUCAGGGGUCGCCCAGAUCUCAGCCUGACGGUGCUUCCCAAGCUGCAGGCCAGAGAGAGAGGUGAGGGCCAAGUGGAGCUCUCCACCAUCGAGGAGCUGAUUAAGGACGCCAUCGUCAGCACCCAGCCAGCCAUGAUGGUCAACCUCCGGGCCUGCUCUGCCCCCGGAGGUCUGGUGCCCAGUGACAAGCCAGCCGUGGCGUCCCAGGCCCAGCCACCCACCUCCAGACCUACCCGGUUGUUCCUGCGGCAGCUUCGAGCAUCGCACCUGGGAAGCGAGCUGGAGGGCACCGGGGAGCUGUGCUGCGUGGCUGAGCUCGACCACCCCACGCAGCAGAAGUGGACCAAGCCCGUGAAGGCUGGUCCCGAGGUGGAAUGGACGGAGGACCUGGCGCUGGAUCUGGGCCCCCAGAGCCGGGAGCUGGUCCUCAAAGUGCUGAGGAGCAGCAGCUGUGGAGACACUGAACUCCUCGGCCAGACCACACUGCCUGUGGGCUCCCCUUCCAGACCGCUGUCCCGAAGACAGGUGUGCCCACUCACCCCCGGGCCAGGAAAGGCCCUGGGGCCAGCAGCCACCAUGGCAGUGGAGCUUCAGUAUGAGGAGGGCUCCCCCCGGAACCUGGGCACGCCCACCCCUUCUACUCCACGCCCCAGCAUCACACCGACCAAAAAGAUUGAGCUGGACCGGACCAUCAUGCCCGAUGGCACCAUCGUCACCACAGUCACCACGGUCCAGUCUCGGCCCCGCGUAGAUGGCAAAUUAGACUCCCCCUCCCGCUCCCCGUCCAAGGUGGAGGUGACCGAGAAGACGACAACGGUGCUGAGUGAGAACAGCGGUCCCAGCAGCGCCUCCCACAGCAGCAGCCCAGGGGAGAGCCACCUUUCCAACGGCUUGGACCCUGUCGCAGAGACAGCGAUUCGCCAGCUCACUGAACCCAGUGGGCGGGCAGCCAAGAAGACACCCACUAAGCGUAGCACUCUCAUCAUCUCGGGCGUUUCCAAGGUGCCCGUUGCUCAGGAUGAGUUGGCACUGUCCCUGGGCUAUGCGGCAUCUCUGGAAGCCUCCACGCAGGGUCACGCAGGGACCAGCAGAGAUCCCUCUUCACCUCCCUCAGACCCACCAGUCCUGUUUCCAGGACCCCUAGAAGCUCUCUCCAGUCCCACAAGUGCCCAGGAAGCAGACGAGACAACACGGUCGGACAUUUCUGAGAGGCCGUCUGUGGAUGACGUCGAGUCGGAAACAGGGUCUACUGGUGCCCUAGAGACCCGCAGCCUCAAAGAUCACAAAGUGAGUUUCCUGCGCAGCGGCACCAAGCUCAUCUUCCGCCGGAGACCCCGACAGAAGGAAGCUGGGCUGAGCCAGUCCCACGACGACCUCUCCAACGCCACGGCCACGCCCAGCGUCCGCAAGAAGGCCGGCAGCUUUUCCCGCCGCCUCAUCAAGCGCUUUUCCUUCAAAACCAAACCCAAGGCCAAUGGCAGCCCCAGCCCCCAGCUCUGAGGGCCUCCUCUCCUGAGCUGGGACAGGCCCACGCCCGACUCCCCUUGGGUCCCCUUCCUGGACCCGCAGCCUGGGCGGGGAAGCCCUGUCCCGGGCUGGGGGCCCUUGGAAGGGUACUUGCAGUGGGGACCGAGAGAGAGGAGCCCCUGGGCUGAGGACCCGAGGGGGGGUGGCUGGAGGGAAGGGGCUCUGUCCUGGCAUGUGUGGGCACUCCUCAGAACUGUGCGCCUGCUGUUGACACUGGCCCUCGGAGGAGUUCCAGGGUGCUCAGCUCCCCAGCUGCCCCCCUUAUUUAUUCUCUUUUCUAUUUAUAAUACGUGUGGUCCAGGACUCUCAGUGAACAGAGGAUAGAGGGCAUCUCUCCCCGGUGACCCUUCUUUCCUGUCUCAGGAGGGUAGGCAGGUCCCUCUGGGUGGGGCUCCCACACCUCCCUUAGGUCCCUACUCUGACCAGCACCAGUGUCUCCCUCGGAGGACACUGGCAGCCAGUGCCCGGAAUGGGGGGCAGGUACUCCCCACCUCCCUGCCUCCACUUCUGCUCCUCAUCCCUCCGUUCCCCUUUAUUACCAUUUUUGUACCUGAUGCCUUCUCCAGGAGCAGUGGCUCUGUUGGAAGGAGGGAUUCAGGGGCUCGGUGGGGACCCUUCCCUGAACAGGUGGCAUUAGGGGUUUUAUUUCAAGACCAUGAUGGAGCAUGAGCAGGGCUGCACCGUGGUAUGUUGGGAGAUGAUGAUGUCCAUUGCUGUGUGAUGGCUUGGAAUUUAAUUUAUUAAAGUCAAAUUGGAGUUUAUAAACUGGACAACUGGUUAUCCUUUGAAAGGCGAAGGGGCAGUGAGGCUGUGGUGUCGAGGGUCAGGCCCAGGGCCCAGGGAGUGAGGUGGGGUGAGUGACACACACAUCGGGUCUGCUGAGAGGUUCCCGCAGGGAGGGAGCGACAUGUGGAAAGAGGGUGGGAGAACAGGAGUUUUGAAGGGUGAGGUUGUAGCAAAGGUCAGACAAAAAAGGCAGUUUGCUAGUACAGGCAUCUUCAGUUUCCUCUCUCGAACAAUCUGCUCCUGCCUGGAAAUAGCAGAGCCCAGAGCAAGGACUCUGGAUCUACACUGCCUGGAUUGGACUCCCAGCUCCACUAAUUACCUUUGUGACCUGGGGCAAGUUAUGUAACCUCAGAGUGCCUCAGUGUUCUCAUCUGUGAAAGGGGGAUGUGGUUGUAGAUGGGAAGUAAGUACAGUGCUCAGCACUCUCCUGGCACUGAGUGGUGACAAAGGGUUAACUGUGGCCUCAGAAGAGACAGCUUGGGAGGGGGAAAGUCUUUUUAAAAUUUU